GACGCAAGAUGUAUAUGAGCGCAAGCGGCGGGAUGGUUCUCUCUUUUACCGCCAUAAGAGCGGAGUCUUUUGCUUUGGGACCGCUUCACUGCGUAGAUCCACCUAGUCAAGCCGCCAGCUAAAGCAGCAUCACUCGAGACUUGGCUAAGAUGGCAGACAUGGACAAUAAGGACCAGGCUGAGCUGGACCCGGCAGAUUUGGAGGACGUGGAGGACGUGGAAGAGGAGGAGACUGGAGAGGAUGUCAACAGCAAAGUGCCUGGCUUUGUCCGUCUCCCCUCAGCUCGUCAGCUCACCGUGCAGAUGAUGCAAAACCCACAGAUUCUGGCUGCGUUGCAGGAGAGGCUGGACGGCCUGGUGGGCUCGCCGUCAGGAUACAUGGAGAGCUUACCAAAGGUAGUGAAGAGACGGGUCAACGCCCUAAAGAACCUACAAGUGAAAUGCGCCCACAUUGAGGCCAAGUUCUACGAAGAGGUCCAUGAACUGGAGAGAAAGUAUGCCGCCCUCUACCAACCCCUCUUCGACAAGCGAAGUGACAUAGUUAAAGCAGCCUAUGAGCCCACAGAGGAGGAGUGUGAGUGGAAGGCUGAUGAGGAGGAAGAGUUGACAGUAAGUAAGCAGGAGGAGAUGAAGGAGAAGGCCAAGGUGGAAGAGGAGAAGAAGGAUGAGGAGAAGGAGGACCCCAAAGGCGUUCCCGAGUUCUGGCUAACGGUUUUCAAGAACGUUGACUUGCUUAGCGACAUGGUGCAGGAACAUGAUGAACCCAUCCUCAAGCAAUUACAAGAUGUCAAAGUCAAAUUCUCGGACCCUGGCCAGCCCAUGAGCUUUUCUUUAGAAUUCAACUUUGAGCCCAAUGAGUUCUUCACAAACACUUUGUUGACAAAAACCUACAAGAUGAGGUCUGAGCCUGAUGAGAACGACCCCUUCUCCUUCGAUGGGCCUGAGAUCAUGGGCUGCACAGGUUGUACGAUCGACUGGACGAAGGGCAAGAACAUCACCCUGAAGACGAUCAAGAAGAAGCAGAAGCACAAGGGGCGUGGCACAGUCAGGACGGUCACCAAGACAGUCCCCAACGACUCUUUCUUCAACUUCUUCACCCCGCCUGAUGUCCCUGAAAGUGGAGAUAUGGACGAGGACACUGAGGCUGUCCUCGCCGCUGACUUUGAGAUCGGCCACUUCAUCCGCGAGCGUAUCGUCCCCAGGGCUGUGCUGUAUUUCACGGGGGAGGCCAUCGAGGAUGACGAUGAUGAUUACGAUGAGGAGGGAGAGGAGGCUGAUGACGAGGAGGGUGAGGAGGAGGGAGAGGAGGAGAAUGACCCUGACUAUGACCCCAAGGUUUAAGUGAUGUCUGUAGAAAAUAACCCUCUCCUGAAGGACGCAAAUCCCCCAGCCGAGUGCAAGCAGCAGUGAAGGCUGUGGCUUUGAGGAUCAACUGCACUGUAACAGCUUCUCAAAUAAAACACUUACUUACGCCUUAUAAUGUUUUGUAUUUUUCUUGGUAGAAAUAAAAAAUAAAGGGUUUCAAGAUUUUUGUUACAAAACCUCCUAAUAUAAUGUGAGCAGUGGCUCGAUAUGCAUAGUAUUUUACUAGACCCCCCCCUGUACAAAUAGUUAGAAUGCCACAAACUCCCUGAAAGCAUGAUCUUGUUUCUCUCACUGCUAAACUAGUUUGGGUUCUUGUGAAGUUUUUGUUGUAUUGCUCUUGGACAACAGCUGUGGUUAGACUGCAUUGAGGCAGGUGAUGAGAAAGUCAACCUAUUCCUUUUCCCUCGCGCUACCAAAGUUACCGGUCAGUUCAGGUUGUGAGUUGGAAUUCUUUGUCAUUGUAUUAGUGGGCCUCGAGCACGGUCAGAGCAAAACACUGCAUUUAGUCAUGGCUAAUGAAAAACUUUGAAUCGCUGUGCACAUUCGGUCAUUCAAGCAUGCCAUUUAGAGCAGGGAAAGUGGUUAUUGGCCACUUGUUUGGGCUGAAUCAAGUUGUCAAUCUAAAACAUUCCAGUUUGCAGACUGACAGGCAUUGGAUGUUUUGAAUGCUCUCUUGGGAUGAAUAUUACCUCGACUACAUGGUCUGAUUUGUUAAAGAAACAGAACCAUGUGUUAGCUGCUAAAUUUAAUGAGCCGAGUCUGCAACUUAUUGGUUUCUAUAAAAUACUUACUGUUCUUUCUGAAUUUUAAUUUGCGUUAAGGGAAUGUUUUUCCUCCAACACGCAGCUUGGUCUUGUCCAGUCACUCCUUAACAUUCCAGAUUUGACGAGGGACAGUUCCAAGGUUUCGCCAGCAGGGGGCACCCCAUGCCCAAUCUGCUUCAGGCUCUUGUUAGGCCUACAGUUUACUUGUCUUUUUCUAUAGCACUUUGUACUACUUAGUCAUGUAUCAGUGGUGUCCUCUAUGGUUGGCUGUCGGUCCAGUAGCCCUUGUGCAAAUCGAAGUGAGCAGUACUUUGGAGGUGGCCGUGUCAUACAGCGCCCUGACGAUGCCCUAUGGGCUUUCUCCUGCGCCAUGAAACAUUUCCCUGUAAUACAUGAUCCUCCCAAGUGCAUUACUCUUUAAUUUGGGAAUCCCACUUGACUUGUGUACUCUGAUAGCAAUAGGUUCGCAACGGGUUCCCUUCGGAGGAAGAAAACGACCAAAUUCAGGCUUAUGUUGGCAUGUGGUUGUGGCUUUUGAGCCUUGUAACUCUCGAGGUUAAGCUCGUGCCGGUCUGGUCCCUGAGCAUACGGCUAAUUUAUCACUGUGAAGGAAAGGUGGCAAUGAGUUCUGGUAGAAGUCCUGUCUGACUGCCCUCUGUAGCCAACCCCACCCAGCAGGUCACACUGAAGCAUGUAAGAGCAAUACUUAGGGAAUGGAAAUAAAAGGAAGUAGCUUAAGCCCACCCACCUUGUCCUUUAGUGGAAACAGUCAUGUCGGUGUAUGUUGGGUGGUGGCGCCCUCGCUGCUGCCUCUAGUGGAGCUCUAGGGAGUACUGCUGCAGUCAGUAGGAGAUUACGUCUGGACUGUUCUAGGGAUGACUGGAUUCUGACUCCUUGAGCAGCUGUUGUCAAAGCUAAAUGCUAUGCUACAAAUACUAAAUGUACUCAAUAACUGUAUGUAUAUUCAUGAAUAAAUUGGUUAAACGUG